UCGUGGGCGUUUCAAAGUUUGUUGUGUCUGGACGCUGAAAUUACUAGCACCUAGGAUGCCGCGUGGAAGCGGAAGCGGCUCUUCCCGGGUGGCCCCUCCGGCCAGCCGGGCCCCUCAGAUGAGGGCUGCUCCCAGACAAGCACCUGCAGCUCAUCCCCCAGCAGCAGCUGCCCCAUCUGCAGUUGGCUCACCUGCCGCUGCCCCCAGGCAGCCAGGCCUGAUGGCCCAGAUGGCCACCACUGCAGCUGGUGUGGCUGUGGACUCCGCAGUGGGGCACACCCUGGGUCAUGCCAUCACCGGGGGCUUCAGUGGAGAUGGUAAUGCUGAGCCCGCAAGGCCUGACAUCACUUACCAGGUAAGACUGGGGCAGCUUUCCUCUCUGUGUUUUUCUUUUCUGAGAAAACUUCUUGGCAGCCGGCAAGCAUCUUUUAUGUAGGACCCUGUGUUUAA